AUGAUCAUGAUUUUUUCUGGAAUGGCAUACUCUGAGUGUAUCACCUUUCUCGAAUGGGUCAUGCAAGAAAGUAUAAACAAGUUAUACUACUGUGAGCCAGGUAAGCCCUUAUUAUAUGGGAUAACUGCUAUUCGUAACGAUGGAGAUUAUGCUAGUUUCAUUUUUGAUGCUUAUGGAGCCGAUGGUUUAACUUCCCUAUAUGUGGACCAUGAUGGUCAAGGAAUAGAGGAAUGGUUUGGCUCUGAGAUAGAAGAGGAAGAAGAUGGUGACGAUUCAUGCAUUGAUGGUGGUGAAAAUGAAGACGAAAUUGAUAACCUUAGAGAUAUGGAGGCAUACAAGUUUAGGUUAGCACCUAUGAGUGAAAGUAACUUGUGGCAUGCAAGUGAGUACACCCCACCUUUACUUCCUGUUCGUAGAACUAUGCAUGGGAGACCUGCAACUAAAAGGAAAAGGGAUGCAACAGAAAACCAGUCAAGUAACAAAUCAAAGAAGAGUAACCAAACACAAGAGAAUGGUAAGGAGCAGUUGAGGGUAUCCAAGGUUGGAAAGAAAAAAAAUGUAGUCUUUGUAAGAUUGAAGGACACAACAAAAGAGGGUGGUGCUGAAGUCAAUGAAGGUGAUGCAGUGAAUGAGGGUGAUCAAGCAGUCAAUAAGGGUGGAGAAGCAAUCAAUGAGGGUAGAGAAGAUGUCAAUGUUAGUGAGGUGUAUCUGCAACAAGACUAUGAUAAGGUGGAACUCACUCCUUUGGUGUUUGAUGCAUCGAGAAAUAGAGAACCUAGUGAGGUGCAUGUGCAACAAUAG